UUGAGCUCCAGGUGUUUCUCUGGCAAAGGGGAAUAACUCGUACGUGACUGUAUAUUAACAGCGGAGUGUUUUAUGUAAGCAUAAGAGUAGCGAGCAUGUUAAUGUGUCCCUAAACUGUAACUUAGUGUGUACGUGUCUUUAUCUUGGAGGGUUUCGACUGAUGGUUAGAGAUGUUAAACUUGUCCCCUUCGGUUUAUCGCAAAGCAGAAGACGGUGAAAGAACAGUGACCAGCAAGAAGGUCUACUCCCGGAGACCUUGGUAUGCUCCGCCCAUUGACCCCAUAGACGUAUUGAAAGAAGACCUUCGCUAUAAUUCAGAGUACGACUCAGAAGACAAGGGUGAUCCUGGUGAAGAGUAUUAUGGAGGUGUAGGCGAAGAUCCUAUCUUGCCAGUUGAAGUGGAGACUUUGGGACAGCUAGACUCAUCAACCACGAAUCCGAGAUACGAACAAGCGUCUACUGGUGCUAUUGCUGACUUCUCAAUAGCAAAUUCUGUAAAUUUAAGAGAAGCCGUUUUGGUAGCUUUGGGUGGAGCAAGUGCUGCACUUGUGUUGCUCAUCGUGAUGGCAGGAGUAUUCUGCGCCCGUCGUCGUAAGAAUAGCCCCUCUCCGGUCCCCUCACCCCCGAUUCUUGUCUACCCUGCACACGAGAUCACAGCGCCGUGUUAUCUGACCAAGGAAGUGAACUUCUCUCUGCCAACCCUUCGUUCAUCAUCACUCGGUGAGCUUCGAGACGGAAGCGUAUCAAGUCUUACAAGUGACGUAUUGUGUCCACCAACACCCACACAGUACCGAUCUAACUCUUUCACCAACACUACGGAGAUCGGGGUGUUAGACCCUGCUCUUUAUAAAUCUGAUUGCCACGUGGAAGAUUAUCUAUGGCCUGAAGGACACGUGGGUCGAGUGUGGUUCACGUUGAAGUAUGAAUCUGAAACAGAGACGCUCCAAGUGCACAUCAUCAAGAUAAAGCAUCUGCCGUCUCGUACUCCGGCUCUCGCCAACGCUUGCGAUCCUUACAUCAAGAUCCAAUUGAUGCCAGAUGAACGAAGAGUUCUACAAACGAAGCCAAAGAAGAAGACGUGUAACCCCUUCUACGAUGAGACCUUCGUAUAUCAAAUACCGCCGGGUAAGUUGGAAAGUCUUACACUGAAGUUGUCAGUGAUCGACACUGGUCGUGUUGGAAGAAACCAGCCUCUCAUUGGACACAUUAUCUUACCACUCAGUGAACUAGAAGGUGUGGCACCUGAUGAAGAACCUCAACUUUACAAAAUGGACAUUGAAAAGGAGAUUCAAGAGCCUACCUCUGACUUGGGAGAAGUUCAAGUAUCGUUACUCUAUAACGAGAACCUUCAUCGACUCACGGUCACUGUCAUAGAAGUAAGAGGACUCAAGCUCGAUCCAACAAGCAAACGAGAGAUGGUAGCACGGGUGACGCAAGAGAGAGCAUGUCGUGGCGUAAGAGCUAGAAGGACUGCUGCUGUGGAGGUGUCAGAAGAGGGCAACGCGCUGAUAUCAGAGUGUUUCCACUUUAGAUUACGUGCUGACGAACUUCACACCACCAGUGUCACUGUACAAGCUCUGCAACCACACUCCGUAUAUGCCAAAGAUCGUCUUCUGGGAAAAUUUGUACUAGGGUCAUAUAUGUUUGCAAGAGGUCGAGCCUUACAACAUUGGAACUCUGCAAUCGGUAAUCCUAUGGAACAAAUAAAACAAUGGCAUCCGCUCACAAACUAAGCCGACUUAAGCCAAAUGAACACGGAUCAGACAGAUACUUAUGAUAAUAUAUUCAUUAGAUAGAUCCUUACGUCCUUGAUAGUCUUACUUUCAAGAACUGUGUUUGACAUAUUUUUUGGAUAUUUAAACAGUUGCGUUGCAUUGCAUCUAAAGUGAGAUAUUUUUUUGAUUCAUUAUUAUAUAAUAUAUCAAUCAUAAUAUUUUCAUGUUGAAUUCUCAUAAAUCUCAAAUAUUAUGUUUUAAGUAUGAAAUUGCCAUUUUGUACCGCAAAGUUCUUUGGAUUGUUUUAUUGGAAUUUAAAAUAAAUAUUUGCUCUGGGGAUCUGGAUUCCACAAGAGUUGUAACGCUUUUCCGAGCCGGGUGAGGUCUAGCAUCGUCAUGGAACAAUAAUGAUGAAGAUCAGUUGAGGAGUGGGUGCUGUCUAACUGCGAAUGGGAGUUAUUGCUAGACCGGAUCUGAGGAAGCUGUAGUAAAUUAUACCAUAAAGUGACCACCAAACGUAAACCCCUUCAUUUACAUGCCGGCUCGACAUGGUGAGAUAUGUAAUGUACAUUACCUCAAAAUGCGAUAUACCACCCGCAUCGGGUUGAAGACUGGCAUUCCAAGACCGCGCGUUUCGCGAGAAAUUUCUUGCCUCGCACAGCCACUUUGUGGAAUCAAUUACCAGCUGCUGUUUUCCCGAAUCAUUAUAACCUAGGGAUCUCCAAUAAAAGAGCAUACUCCUUAACGGCCGACAACGCAUUUCUUGACACUUGUUGUUGCGGAUGUCCAUCGGCGGUUGCCUCACCUCUCCCUAUCCCGUGAGCCUCUUGCCCGUUUGCCCCCUCUUAUAUAUAAAAAGACAAGUUUUAAGGCGUGCUUCUCUCUGUAGGUUAAAUCAUGGGGCCCCGAUUUUAUAUUACCGAUUUGGUGCAAAUGUCAGGUCAGCGUUGCAGAUAUGAAAAGUUUCAAAUUCAUUCAAUUCAAUUAUUAACAUUGAUAGCUCGUUUUCCUCGGGUUCAUUCUUUAAUCUCUCUAUAGAAGACAUUAAAUUUAAAAUCUCACUGUGCCUUUAUUAGGCCUACUAACUCCAAAUACAGCAUUGAAUUAUAAUUGUUAAUGCUGAUAUUCACGCCGAAAUGCGCAUGAAGAAAUUACUCUAGUUUUUAAAUUAUGUAUUCAUUUACUUUCAAAGCCGAAUAAAAGAACAAUUGAAAGUAAAUAAAUUUGUUGAUAUUUUUUUAAAUCUACAGUAUUAGGGCCGUCAAGUGAACUAAUGUUUAACUUAGGAAUCUCUCGUCUAAGGAGGUUUCAUUAAACACCAAAAUGGCAAUUUCGUACUUAAACACCGGUUAUAAGUUUACAGCAUUUAAAGUCUAUGCAAUGCAUUUGCAUGUAAUGAACAUUGUAAAUAUUAUUUAAGGCUUAAUUUUUUUUGUGAAUCUUGAAGGAUUGGUCUCCGCUGCACAAUAACUAGAUACCGCACUACCUAAGAACAAUAGUUUCUUUAUUGCGACAACUAUUAGAUGCUUACGUGCGUGGCACCUUGACACCCAAUGGCGUCUUUGAAAUUUUGUUACAAAUGCCUCGUGUUAUUUUAUUUGAAAUUAAUUAAAAACAAAAUACAUACUGAUGAUAUGUGAUCCCAGUGUCUUUCUUAUUUCUUGUAGUAUUCUUUUUACUAAGUUUUACUACUCAACCCGGUCUUUAAGUUUCAAUUUAUAGCAAAGUUUAACAGAACAUGUGGCAUGUCAACGUCACACAAUGUUCGAUACUGGCUCGAGUACGCUCAUUUGACCGUAGUAUUUGUUGCCGCACUUUUCGACUACGCCUGCGGUAUCUAGUUGGAGCGUAUCGGAGACCAAUCCUUAAUCUAAGGAUAUCACAUUAAAUUAGCUAGUAAUGUAGUUUGUCAAAAUUAUUGAAAAGUAUUAUAUUUUCGGAACAUUUUGAUUAUUGCUAUAAUGUAAAUUUUAAAUUAUAUCCUCAAAUAUUUAAAUACUAAUAUUGAUUGUUUUUUUCAUAUAUUUCUUAUAUUGCAACAUAAGUUAAAAAAUUACUUAAAGUUUUGUAUGACUAGAAUAAUUAUCGCCUUAAAUAUUC